AUGGAAAAUUUUUCGCAAAAGUACUACCUAUACUUACAUAAGGACAUUUGGAAUAGUGACGUUCCAAUUAUAUUGGAAAAACUAUCUAAGGCUAUGGCCGUAGGGAAUGGAAUUGAAUCAACUUUAUGUAAUAACAUUAAUGGGAAAAGUACACCAACUGCCGAAGAAAAAAAGGCAUGUACUUACAUUGUUCGGGGUUUAAAACAUAUAUAUAGUAUUACAGAGGGUUCGCAGGGCACUUCUAAUGAGCACAAAAAAAAUUACAGAAUAUUUAAACAAACUAUGGCCUGUCUAAUAUUGAAUGAAUAUGGGAAACUUCUUGGGGAACAAUCAUGCAUAGAAGAGCAGGACGUACAAAAAGUUUUUACUGGUGUAGGUAAUCUUCACGGAGAUGCGUGUACGGAGAAAUCAUGUGAUCAAUGUAAUUGGGACCCAUGUUCAAAUUUUAGCAUUGGACAGAAGAACCAACGGGAAGAAAUAAAGAAAAAGCUCCUAGAGAAGAAGGAAAUACAGGAAACUCUAAAUAACAUAUGUCAAUCGAAACCACCUCCCAACCUUGGUCCACAACCUGCCAAACCAGCCGGCACUAAACUGACAGUUAAGAGUAACUGUACAAUCAUAGGAUUGGAGGAAAAUGAAGAAGUUAAACAAAAUGUGGGUAUAUGCAGCACAGUACAAACUGUGCUUAAAGUGAAGAUAGUGUCCAAGAGCCAAACAUGGGAUACGGUACUCACUGCAUUUUCAAAUAAUCCAAGUGAUGCUGAUGGGAAAGAUAUAUAUAAUAAGUGGGAAGGAUAUAAAAGUGUAUGUGAGAACCAUGCAAUAACGGAUGGGGAGUGGACAGAAGUGGAGAAGAGUUUCUGUAAAAUUUUAAUAAGGAAUUUAUUAAUAGCGAAUGAGAAGAAAUUCCAGUGUGAAAGUCAUAAAACAGAAAUUCCAGGGAAGUACUGUGUAACGAAGUGUGAUUUGUUGAAUAUGUGGCUCUUGUACGUGAAGGAUCGUUGUGUAAGUAGUGAUGUUAUUAAGUAUGCGUAUGAAGCAAUGUAUGCUGUGGAAGAUAAUUUAGGACAAGGGGGGACAGGUGGACUAUGUAAGUACGGAGAAUUUGAUAAUCUUCAGAGAGAUAAUGGUGACGUACUGAAUACGGUCACCAGUAAAAUGAUAUGUGAUGGAAAAAGGGGAAAAUUGGGGAAUAUACACCAUAAAGGAUGGUGCACUGAUAGUAACAGGAAAUAUACGAAGAACCUACUUCCAGGCGCGGCCCGUACUGGUAGUGCAGGUGAAGAAAGUGGAAAAGGGAAAUUACUCUUAGAUAAAUUAGAUGAAAUGGAGCAGAAAGUGAAGGAUCAAUUGGAAGUAGUGAAGAAGGAAGUUGAAUCAGCAUCAUCCAAACCAGGAGCACCCCAACCUGGUGGAGCAUCAUCUCCAGGUGGCUCAUCCUCCUCACGUGGUGCAAGUCCUAAGACUCCAUGUGAACGCAUAAAAGAAGCAGAGGACACAUGGAGGAAGAUCCAAAAAACCUGGAACGAGGGGAAAUUUUGGGGGGACACUAAGGCCAGGAUUGAUGGACUUGCCAGGGACAUACCUCAAUCGAAAGCGCAGGUGGACAAUUCUUGCGGAGACAUGGAGAAGGAUGAUGGUACACAUGAUGGUCCAAACAGGCGAGCAUGUCAAUACAUUAAGGGGGGAUUGGGCAGUAUAUACAAUAUUACAAUAGAUUCGGGGGAUACAGAUGCCGAAGAUAACUGGAAAUUUAAAAGAAUUAUGGCAUGUGCAGUGUUAAAUUUAUAUGCUGAUAAAAUCAGGGACACGUGCCCUAGCACGGAGGACAGCAUAAGCAAGGCCUUUAUGGAUGGACAGAAACUGAAGAACAAUGCAUGCCCCACGGGUACUACUUGUGAGGAAUGCAAAAGGGAGGACUAUGCAACUUGCAAAAUAGACAAUCAAGAAAUAAAGGAUAAGUUGGGUGGUAUGAUCCAAGGGAAUAGUGAACUGAUGGAAACAAUAACUUCUAUAUGUACAGUCAACCCACCUGGUGGCAAUGUCAAACCAGCUGCCACUAAACCAGCAACUACGAGACCUCCUGUUGUUCAAGAGACGAAAAAUUCAUCGGCGAAGCAGCCCAAGGUAGAUAGUACUGGGGAAGAUAAGUGUAAGGAUAGUCUUAAGAGUGCCAGUUUUAAGAGCACUUCUCAGGCUGUCAGCUUAAGUGCAGGGUGUAUGUCUGAUUCAGAUUUAGGACUGAGUGAAGAUGCUAAGAGAAUGUUGAAGAAACAGGAUGAUGAAGAGAAAGAUCGUGCUGCUGCUGGUCCAGGUGGUACUCAAUCUAGUGCUGCCUCUCCAGUAGCUGGUGCUGGUGACGAUGGUGUACCGGGAGGUUUAGUACCAGGUGCUGGUGGUGUUGCACCGGGUGUUCCAGGGGUAGGUGGUAUUCCCGGACAACCUGCUUCCGUCGAAAAUUCUACUUCACAGACUGUAGAUCCAGAUGGAAAGGGGAAGGAUGGCGUUACACCAAUUCAAGACCCACAGAUUAUAACUAAUGGUCAAGUUCCUGAUACUACGCCCAGUCUUUCGCCUGCCGGCACAUUACCACCUGCGCAGGGGCUAGAUACUGUAACGGAAACUAUACAAACACAUACAACAUCACAUUCACCAGGACCAAGACAGAGGAAGGGAAGUUUACCAUCCUUCCCUAGGAAUUAUUUUUUCCUCGGUAAAGAAAGACGUCGUUACAAAAGAGCUCAUCAAGUAUCUGCUCUUCCCCCCUCAGAAGAACAACUGCUUGAUCAUGUGGACCAACCUGGUCCGCAUGAAUAUACCUUAGUAAAGGAACGAAAACAAUCAAGAUCCGUUCCAACUGGAAGAACGAAGAGGCUCAAAAAACUGGGUGCCCUUCAACGUACUAUUAUUGAUAUUCAUUUAGAAGUCUUAGACGAAUAUCAAAAAGGGGAAGUCCAUUUGAUGAAGGAAGAGUUUUUUGAAAUUUUGGUUCAAGAAUUUAUGGGAAGCGAAUUUAUAAAAGACAAAAAUGUUCCUAAGGAGGAUUUUCUUAAGGAACAGGUUCCAAGUUCAGAUUCCGAGUUUAGGGAGGAUGACUUCGUUCCAAAGGAAGGUAUUCCUGAGGAACAGGUUCCUUAG